GUGGGGGCUGCAGUGCCCAGGCUGCGCUGGGGCCAUGGCCACUGUGCCCUGGCAGCUGGCAUGCAGGAGUGGUGACCCCUGGGUGGCAUUGAGCAGAGUCCAAGGGCUUGCGCUCCCCCAGCACCAGCCCCUGCAGCCCCGAAUAUAUUUAGAAAAGUGCCCAGACCAAAAAUAGAGGGAAAAGGUUUCCCCAGUGGCUGUUUCAUCUGCCAGUCACAAUGAAAGCCAAUGGGGCACGCAGCCGCCUCAUGCCCCAAUAACCCUGUGCCCACCAUCGGGUGGGCAGACGGACGGAGCCGGGCAGAUCCUUUUUCUGCGCCCCACUGAGAAGCUGGGGACAAGCCAGGAAGGGGCCUCGCAGCAUCCCACCCCGCCCCGCCAAGGGGACCUGACGGCGCGGGAGCACCGGGCUCUGCCCCACGUGCCCACCAACGGUGAGGGGUCCCCAUGCUGGGUCGCCACCGUGGUGUCCCCCACGGUGCUCCCAAUGUGGCAAGGCUGCUUUCUGCUGGAGGUCUUUGCUCCCACUUCCCUCCCUGUGGCAGGUUAGGGGGUCCCGUCGGACACUGGGUGGGGACACCCCGGGGACAACCUGCAUGCCCGCCCAGCUGGGGGAUGGGGUGGCGUUCUGGGGGGUGUGGGGUGGCUGUGUCUGGAGGGCAACUGUCUUGCAGGGCACCACAGCGCGUGCCAUGGGGGACUGGAGCCUGCUGGGGCGGCUGCUGGAGAACGCCCAGGAGCACUCCACAGUGGUGGGGAAGGUCUGGCUCACUGUCCUCUUCGUCUUCCGCAUCCUGGUGCUGGGGGCGGCCGCUGAGCGGGUCUGGGGUGACGAGCUGUCUGGCUUCUCCUGCGACACACAGCAGCCUGGCUGUCAGAACGCCUGCUAUGACAGCACCUUCCCUAUCUCCCACCUCCGCUUCUGGGUCCUGCAGAUCAUCUUCGUCUCUACCCCCAGCCUCGUGUACCUGGGCCACAUCCUGCACCUGGUGCAUCUGGAGGAGAAGGCACAGCAGCAAGUGGCUGCACGGGCUGGCAGUGGGGCCAGGCGGCAGCGCUCGAGGCAGCCUCGGCUCCCUGUGGGGGACACACAGGGACGGGUCUGCAUGCGGGGGGCCAUCCUGAGGACGUACAUCUGCAAUGUCAUCUUCAAGGCUCUCUUGGAAGUGGGCUUCAUUGUGGGCCAGUAUGCCUUGUAUGGGUUCCAGCUGAAGCCCCUCUACACCUGCAGCCGCUGGCCCUGCCCCAACACUGUCAACUGCUACAUCUCCCGGCCCACCGAGAAGACCAUCUUCAUCCUCUUCAUGCUAGGGGUGGCCUGCAUGUCCCUGCUGCUCAACCUGGUGGAGAUCUACCACCUGGGUCUCACCAAGUGCCGGCAGGGGCCCAGCCCCAAAUCCUGCAUCCUGCCCAGUCCCGCUGGCCCUGUGGGGCCCCGUGGCACCCGUGCCACUCUGCCCGGCCAUGCCAGCCCCAUGGCUGCUGGCAGACACCCCCCCAGCCUGGCACCCCUGAAGAAGGCUGGUGCAUGGCUGGGGGUAGCCAGUGGACCCUACAGGAAGGCACGAGCAGCAGACCUGGCAGUGUGAACAUGGACUGCUCGGAUGCUCAGGGAUGGGUGAUGCACGAGUGGCCACGCAGUUGUGGUUCUAUCUCCAGGCUCUGCCAGGCUUGUGCCAUGGACCCCACGGCCAGCAGCAGAGAUGGGCACAGCCCCAAGGACAAGGCUCAGUCCCUCCCUGUGCUCUUGGCAGCGGCAGGGCUGAGAGCAGGGCUGGGCUGGGGCAGGGGCUUGUCAGCCCUGGGGGAGUAAAUAAAAUACCCGUUGCACCUCA